AUGACAUCCGCCAAAGAGAAACUCAAUGCCGUCUUCGACCCAGCCGGCCGGGGCCUGUCCCCGGAGAUCCUGGACGUGCUGGAAUCCACACUACGACUACACUCGCUGACGGUGGACGAACUGUUCGUCAAAUGGGAGGUGUACUGUCUAAAGAUGGGGAGCGAAGAAACAAAACUGGACCUGGAGACGACGCGCAUGUUCGCCAAGGAUGUCCAGGACGGCGUCGAACGAGGCGAUCAUUUGAGACCACACCACAACAGCAACAAGUCGGGGGCGGCGGGCGCGGUCAAGUCGGAGAGAAAGAGUGCUGUACAUGCCACGCCUAGAGGGGCGGCCGGUGGUGCUGGAGAUGUGUUUGGGAUGUUAGAUGAACUCACUCCUAAUGCAUUGGGUCGCCGGAACGGAAGCGUCAAGAGGAAAGCAGACUUCGAAUCCCCCGUGCCGCGGAAGGUCAGUCGGCCGGAGACUAUGACGACAAAAACACCCGCUAGAGGAGGAAAGACGGAAGGGUCUGCAGGCAUUCCUUUUUCCGAACGACAAAAUGCAGGGCAGACGGUCGAAAUCUUAAACGGCCACCUACCCUCCGCGGAGCCGCCUAUUGCGCCCUUCUCUGAAGCCCGCCUCCAGUUCCUCCUUCGCUCCGAUUUCAAAAAGUUUGCAUAUAAGCCUAUGGCGAUGCACUUGUCCGAUUCCUCCGAGGUGUUGGACGACAGAAUCGACGAUUUCAUGGCAUUGAUCCAACAAGCCCAUAACUUGGACGAGUCGGCUUUUGGCAAUGCAGCGGCUCAAAGUACCAGCGAGAUCGUUGCCGUGGGUCGAAUCGCGUCCGACACUCCAGAAGGGAAACUAAAUUCGGCUUCCUUGGUGCUGGAGAUGUCUAGACGGAUGGGUGCUGGGCUUCGUGUCCCAUUGAAGGUCGACGCGUUGCCUUCCUAUCAAUUCUUUCCCGGACAAAUCGUUGCCGUACGAGGCACGAAUGCCUCCGGACUCUACUUUACAGUCAAGGAGAUCUUGUCGGCCCCCAGACUGCCUAUGCCUUCGUCCACUCCAAACCAAAUUGAAGCUAUCAACCAGAAACUCGGUGUAUCCGACGAUUCCGAUUCUUCCUCGCCACCUCUCAACAUCAUGAUCGCUUCGGGCCCUUAUACGGCCGAGGAUAACUUGGACUUUGAACCUUUCCAAGAACUGUGUCAGAAAGCCGCCGAAAACAUGGUCGACGCCCUGAUCUUGACCGGCCCCUUCCUUGACAUUGAACAUCCAAUGCUUGCAUCUGGGGACUUCGACUUGCCAGAUAUCCGAGGGUUAGACCAGGGAGCGAGUAUGGCGGCACUCUUCCGACUGUGGAUUGCUGGGCCUCUCCAACGCCUCUGCUCCGCCGUGCCGAGUAUCACCGUCCUCAUCGUCCCCAGCGUGCGGGACGCAAUCAGUAAACACGUCAGCUGGCCCCAAGAGCGACCUCCGCGGAAGGAUCUUGCUCUGCCAAAGCAAGUUACCAUGCUGCCAAAUCCCUGUUAUGUCUCCCUGAACGAAGUCGUGAUUGGCAUUUCCUCGCAAGACAUUUUGUACGAACUGAGCCGAGAACAGCUGUCCCAUGGCGCAGGGUCAGACCUCCUUACCCGAUUACCGAGCUUCUUGAUUGACCAAAGACAUUUCUUCCCACUGUUCCCGCCCAUGUCACGGGACAAGCUGUCAAGUAACGGGGUGGUCAAAGCAACGGGCGCAUGUUUGGAUGUCGGAUACCUGAAGCUGGGCGAAUGGAUGGCAGUGAAGCCGGAUGUGCUCGUCUUGCCUAGCAUUUUGACCCCUUCCAUCAAGGUCGUUGACGGCGUAAUGAUCAUCAACCCCGGACAAUUGUCGAAACGGAAAGCGGCAGGGACGUAUUCUCAGAUGACUGUAACUCCCCGGAUACUGAGCGAGGAAGAAAAGGCAGAGAGAACCGUUUUGCACAAGGUGUUUGAACGUGCAAGAGUCGAGGUCGUGAGGAUAUAG